GCCAAACUCAGCAGCCGAGGGCAGCUUUGGUCCACCCCCGCGAUGUUCAGCAGCUCGCUCGGCAGCUCCACUAGCGACCAAAAGAGCCUCGCGGCCCGCUGAAGUCGGUCCCAGGUCCCGCAUCAGCAGGACCGUUGGAGAUGCUCUUACACUCUCACAGCACCACAACAUCACUCACAGCCAAGCACAUCCAUGCCAAACCAACCUCAACCAAAGAACCACCACCUUCAGUGAAACAGCCAGGAUGUCCAUCACCCACAUCAGCAAUCUCGAUCAACUCAACAAGCUAAUCUCACAACACAAGAACACAAUCAUCGUCAUCGAUUUCCAUGCACAAUGGUGCGGACCUUGUCAUGCAAUCGCCGAUUUUUAUUCAUCACUAGCCAAUUCAAAUAAAUCAUUAACGUUCACAAAAUGUGAUGUUGAUCAAGCAUCGGAUGUCGCAAAGCAUUACCAAGUUACUGCGAUGCCAACAUUUGUCUUCCUGAAAGCGGGGGUCAAGAUCGAUCAAGUCAGAGGAGCCGAUAGAGCAAAUUUGGAAAAACUAGUCAAGAAGUAUGCCGGGCAAUCCUCAACGCCAAGCGGAUCGACAUUCCAAGGAACAGGCCAUAAAUUAGGCACAUCGUCAUCAUCAUCAUCGACUUCCACUAGCACAGCCAGUACGGCUGCACGUGUGGUCCCGAAUGUCCAAGCCCUCAAUACCCAGACAUUGAUUGACCGAUGGAACCAAUUAUCCGAUUAUCAUAAAUUGGGCAUCAUCUUAUUUUCGGUUUAUCUUUUCUCGAUUUAUUCCUCCUCAUAGGCAGUCCCUCAAACGUUGUAUACGUCGAUUCAUGUAAUUCUCUCUUAUCCUCUUCAUCGACGGACGUAAAUCCUUCAUUCCUCGGUCCAAAUCUUGUUGCUCUCUGUAAUCUAUCCAGCCCUCUUUUUUGUCGAGGGAAAGGUUAGGAAAAAUAUAUGCAACACAUGUUUCUGUGCCGGAGACCAUAGGUAUUAGCAACAUCCCAUUUCUUCGGUGAGUUUGUG